UCCCUCUUCUUCCUUAUUCGCCGAACACGCAAAACAACAACCAAUCUUCUCUGCGCUUCGCUAUUCUCAUUCUCUCCACGCUUCGCGCUCUAUCUUUCCCUGCAAUUUGCCAAUUUCAUUCGAGCUCGUUAACAAUGGCGGAUGUACAGAUGGCAGACGCUGAGACAUUCGCAUUCCAAGCGGAGAUCAACCAAUUGCUGAGCCUCAUCAUCAACACUUUCUACUCCAACAAGGAGAUCUUCCUUCGCGAACUCAUCAGCAACGCUUCCGACGCAUUGGAUAAGAUCCGAUUCGAGAGCUUAACCGAUAAGAGCAAGCUCGAUGCUCAGCCGGAGCUCUUCAUUCGUCUCGUCCCCGACAAGGCCAACAAGACUCUCUCAAUCAUCGAUAGCGGAAUUGGAAUGACCAAAGCAGAUUUGGUGAAUAAUUUGGGAACAAUAGCGAGGUCUGGGACGAAGGAGUUCAUGGAGGCGCUGCAGGCGGGUGCUGACGUCAGCAUGAUUGGACAAUUCGGUGUUGGGUUCUACUCUGCAUACUUGGUUGCCGAGAAGGUGAUUGUGACCACUAAGCAUAACGAUGAUGAGCAGUACAUUUGGGAAUCCCAGGCUGGUGGCUCAUUCACUGUGACCAGGGAUACCAGUGGGGAGCAACUCGGAAGAGGAACCAAAAUCACCCUCUUCCUCAAGGAGGAUCAGCUGGAGUACUUGGAGGAGAGGAGGAUUAAGGAUCUUGUGAAGAAGCACUCCGAAUUCAUUAGUUAUCCCAUUUAUCUUUGGACUGAGAAGACGACCGAGAAAGAGAUCAGUGAUGAUGAGGACGAUGAACCCAAGAAAGAGGAGGAAGGCGAUGUUGAGGAAGUUGAUGAAGAGAAGGAAAAGGACUCCAAGAAGAAGAAAAAGAUCAAGGAGGUUUCUCACGAAUGGCAACUCAUCAACAAGCAGAAACCAAUCUGGUUGCGCAAGCCGGAAGAGAUAACCAAGGAGGAAUAUGCAUCCUUCUACAAGAGCCUCACCAAUGAUUGGGAAGACCACUUAGCAGUGAAGCAUUUCUCAGUCGAAGGCCAGCUUGAAUUUAAGGCCAUUCUCUUUGUCCCCAAGAGAGCACCCUUUGAUCUGUUUGACACAAGGAAGAAGCCAAACAACAUCAAGCUUUAUGUCAGAAGGGUGUUCAUCAUGGACAACUGCGAGGAGAUCAUUCCAGAGUACCUUAGCUUUGUUAAGGGUGUUGUCGACUCCGAUGACUUGCCACUCAACAUCUCUCGUGAGACGUUGCAGCAGAACAAGAUCUUGAAGGUGAUCAGGAAGAACAUUGUGAAGAAGUGCAUUGAGAUGUUCAAUGAGAUUGCUGAGAAUAAGGAUGAUUACAACAAAUUCUAUGAGGCUUUCUCCAAGAAUCUCAAGUUGGGUAUCCACGAGGAUAGUCAAAACAGAGCCAAAUUGGCUGAUUUGCUCAGAUAUCACUCUACAAAGAGUGGAGAUGAGAUGACAAGUUUGAAGGACUAUGUUACUAGAAUGAAGGAGGGCCAGAAGGACAUUUACUACAUCACUGGAGAAAGCAAGAAAGCAGUGGAGAACUCACCCUUCCUGGAGAAGCUCAAGAGAAAGGGAUAUGAGGUGUUGUUCAUGGUGGAUGCCAUUGAUGAAUACGCUGUUGGACAAUUAAAGGAGUAUGAAGGCAAGAAACUGGUUUCAGCUACAAAGGAGGGAUUGAAGUUGGAUGAUGAGACAGAGGAAGAGAAAAAGAAGAAGGAAGAAAAGAAGAAGUCAUUUGAGGACCUCUGCAAAGUUAUCAAGGAUAUAUUGGGAGACAAAGUUGAGAAGGUUGUGGUUUCUGACAGGAUUGUUGAUUCACCUUGCUGUUUGGUUACUGGUGAGUAUGGUUGGACUGCAAACAUGGAGAGGAUUAUGAAGGCUCAGGCCUUGAGAGAUAACAGCAUGGCUGGCUACAUGUCUAGCAAGAAGACUAUGGAGAUCAACCCUGACAAUGGCAUUAUGGAAGAACUGAGGAAGAGGGCAGAAGCUGACAAGAAUGACAAGUCAGUAAAGGAUCUUGUGCUGCUUCUCUUUGAGACCGCUCUUUUGACUUCUGGUUUCAGCCUUGAUGAUCCAAACACCUUUGCUGCAAGAAUCCACAGGAUGUUGAAGCUGGGUUUGAGCAUCGAUGAGGAUGAAACUGGUGGGGACGAUGCUGACAUCCCAGCACUGGAAGAGGAUGGUGCCGAGGAAAGUAAGAUGGAAGAAGUCGAUUAAGUGCUAAAGGGUCUGUGAGUUAGGUUGAUAAUGGGUAUUGGAGUCUUAGUCGGUCAAAUUAUGUUUUGUUCCUGUGUUUGUGUUGUAAUCUUGUGAUGUGAAAAUGUGUUCCCAUGGAGUCUGCUAUUUUGUCAAAUUAAUAUAAUAUACAUCAAUGAAAAACAGAAAAAGCGGUUUUUCCUUCGGAAUAAA